AAUAUGGAUCUUUCGUUUAAGAGUUCAUUUUUAUGACGAGUUUAACGUACGUGGAGAAAGCAAUAUGUAAUUACUUUAAUUAUAUUUUCUUUUUCAUAUAUAGGGUGGAUCAGCUAUAUAGAAUCACUUAAAUAUUAUCUAUCACAUUCCCGCUAUCUUUUGCACAAAAAAACUUCUGGACUAGUUGAAGAAAGAAGUGCAAUGUCGGAAACCUUUUUUUUUCAAUGAUCAUUCAUUUAUGAGAUCUCAAGGUCAUCGUUUUUUUUUUUUUGCGAUUAACCUAUAUUUAUUUUUGGAUACUCUUGUGGAAUGUGAAAAAAUGCAUUCAACGAUCUAUAGAAUUACAUCAUUCCGAUCAUUUAUUUUUAAGAUAUUUGUGUUAUAGAUGAGAUAUUUGAGCAGUUUGAAAUUAUUACAAAUAUGUAAAAUACAAUUCAACUCUAAUUGCAAUAUACAGAUGUAUUUAAUUGUAAUUAUAUCGAAUCAAUUACAAUUAAUGUAAUUGUACCAUAUCUAAUUUUAGCAGCAGCUAAUAUCAAUUAGUGUAAGUAAGAAAGAAUUUUUAAAAAGUACACUAUUUUAUAUCAAGAAUUUUAUAAAAAAUAUUAUAUUCUCAGUUUCUCUACUUUUUUUUAUCUUACUUCUUCUCUACUUUCUUUUUCUUUUAUCUUUCUUUUAUAUUACAAUUUGAUAAACAUACGGCUUAAAUUGUGAAUUGAAACCAAAUGUUUCAAGACUUUUGAGUGAAAGGGUAUUAUACAUAUUUAUCUUCGAAAAAUAUGUAUUUAUUUUAAUUACGGGUUACAGCGUGUGAUCGAAGAAAUGAUAAACUAUAUUAAAGAGGCGCAGCAAUACGAACAGGAAAUCUUUUGCAAGUAUAUCUCGAAAUGCAGCGUGUUUUAUGGGAGUUCGAUGGUCUGUAUGUACCUGACCGCGGUUGCUUUUUCGUUGGGACCUGCAAUUCUACCCGUUUCCUUCCCAUGCGAGGCGGAAUAUCCGUUUCGCGUUAAUUAUACGCCAGUGAAUGUUAUAAUAUACAUGCACCAGUCUAUCCUCAGUUUUCAAUGUGCCGCACAUAUGUGCGUGAGCAUAUUUGGAGCGUUCUUACUUUGGUACAUCGCCGCAAGAUUCGAGUGCUUAGCCAUAGAAUUGAAAAAAACUACCAACAUUCGUAUGCUGAUUGUUUGCAUUAAAAAACAAUUACAUUUAAGG